CUCGAAAUCGUUCGAAGUUGUUGUUUCCCCUCGAAGACGCCGUCCCCGCUCCAAGUCGUUCGAAGUCGCCCUGCCCGCUGGAUGUCGCCGUAUCCGUUCGAAGUCGCCGUUCUCGUGCUGCUCGAAGUUGCUCUGCCCGCUCGAGAUCGCCGUGUUCGUCCGAUUCGCUGUAGCCGCUCGAAGUCCCCGUACCUUCUCGCAAUCGCGGUACCCACUCAAAAUCGUUCGGUAUCGUCGUUCCGCUCGAAGUCGCCCUGCCCGCUCGAAGUUGCAGUUCCCGUUCGAAAUCACCGUUCCCGUUCGAAGUCGUUUGAAAUCGCCGUUCCGCUCGAAGCUGCCCUGCCUGCUCAAAGCUGCCCUGCCCGCUCAAAGCUGCCCUGCCCGCUCGAAGUCGCCGUUCCUGUUCGAAAUCAGCAUUCCCUAACCGCUCGAAGUUGCCCUGCCCGCUCGCAGUCGCCGUCACCGCUCGAAGUGAUUCGAAGUCGCCGUUCCGCUCGAAGUUGGCCUGCUCGCUUGAAGUCGCCGUUCCCGUUCGAAAUCACCGUUCCCGUUCGAAAUCACCGUUCCCAUUCCGCUCGAAGUUGCCGUUCCCGUUCGGAAUCACCGUUCCCGUUCCGCUCGAAGUUGACGUUCCCGUACUGUUCGCCGUACCCUCUCGCAAUCGCCGUACCGCUCGACGCUCCGCCCGAAAUAUUCGUGCCAGCUCCAAUUCGCCGUACCCGGUAUCCUCGCCAUGGCCUUCAACCUUCCUUCGUGGGUACUAGACAUUACCCUUUCCAUCUUAACCAAGCGCAGGUGUAUCGUCCGAAAGACGGUAAACGAAUCCUCAAAAGCCGUCAUCUCGAAGUACAGUUUGGCAAAGGAAAGAUGAGGAAGUAGGAAAUUGCCGUCCACAAGGAAGCUCGACGCCUUUCCCGUUUAUCCUGGAACAAGCCGCCACGUCCUAUUCGUUUUUCCGCCGCUUCAGACCCACCGAUCCAAACCCGCC